AUGGCCAGAAUUAGGGGAACAACUAUGGACCCCAAUUACAGAGGCGGAGACUCAAAUGAGUUAUCGCCUGAGAGACAAGGCCCAGACGAGGCGGCUAGAGAACCAUCCGGCGGCACUCCCGCCACCCCAAGCGACAACAUUUUAGGCUCCUACAACGAGGAGACCUCUCCUGCUCAGGAGGCUGAGCAACCGAGAACCGCCAAUGAGGGUCCCAAUUCCCCAUCCGGCUCUGAUGACGGUCGCGUUGAGAGCAGUAGCUCCAGCUACUUGACCAUGUCUGAAGAUAGUGAGGAGGCGGAGAGGCCUUCGUGGCAAAGCAGAAAUGACCCUCUCAUGAUCGCCGUCUCUCUCAAAGACCGGGCCCUCAUGCGGUCUUCUCUAACCGAUUUCAUUACCAAGCGACCGCUUGGUGGAGGGUACAAGCUGCUCGUACCAGGCGAGUUCGGGACGGUUGUAUGGGAGGAUGACCAACCCAACGCUAACAAAGCUAAAAACAUGCUGCCCACCGCCAAGACACCCGCAAAGAAAGCUUCAGAUAUCCGCAAGGAGAAUCUGGAGAAAAAGCUUGCCGCUCAGGCGGCUAAAAAGGAUGGGGGCGUUAUCCCUCGCUCCCUGCAAAAACAGAUCCGGCAACGGCCGUCUGUUGAAGAACCUGCACUUAACGUGCAGAGAACCGCUUCUACCGCCCCGGCUACAACCGGCGGUAAAUCUAUAAAGACCCCAGGCGGGUCUAACACUGAAACGGCCUCGAAAGAGGUCACUCCAAUAAGGACCGCAACCGGUCCAUCUGCUGCUGGAGGCCAAAAGGCUUCCCAAAAAGGUACAAACCCCUUCAACCUCACGCUGCUUGACCUACCCAUGCAGGCACUGCUCCGCGUGGAGGGACUCAAGAAGGCCUACAUCCGCAAACAGGAGGAGGCGGAUCAGGUUAAGUCCCUCCAAAAUGCCCUCAAAGAGUCGAAGACAAAAAUAGACAACCUCCAGGCGGCCCUAGACAAUGCUGAAGAUAAGCUCAAGAAGCACGAGGAGCCCCACAAGCGGCUUGACCAGGCAGAGAAGAGCAGCAAACGGUUGCAACUAUAG